GCUGAUCAUAAACACACUCGCGACUAUUUAAAUAAUCAUUACAGAAAAUACUGCGCUGCUAUCGGGGUUCAGUGAUUAUAAUGCCAUGAUGAAGAUUGCCUUAUUCAUGUAUUAUAGAGUGUUUUCAUGUUUGGGACUAUAACUGCCAGAACGGAGACGCGGGAAGCAUUCCUCGGAAUAAUCUCGUUAUUUCUGCUGUGGCGGUUUUAAUGACGGUUGGUGACGGUUACGCGCUCACCUCGCGCUCGGAUCUGAAUGAUGUGAAAUCGCCGAUGCGCCGCUGACUGAACCGAAGAGAACCGAACCGAAACCCUGGAGCGGUCGAACUGCGACUCUCGCUGGACUGAUCGAGCUGAUCGGAUGGAUUGAUCAGGAGCAGCUCAGGAUGAGUGUGGGAGUUCAGAGAGUUCUGGCACCGCUUCUGCUGCUGCUUCUCCUGGGAUCUUCAACACCAUCCAGGGAACAUCAGGUAGUGCGCGAGGUGCGUUCGGGCACGUGUGAGGUGGUGGCGCUGCAUCGCUGCUGCAACAGGAACAAGAUCGAGGAGCGAUCGCUGACGGUCAAGUGCUCCUGCUUUCCGGGACAAGUGGCGGGAACGACCCGAGCGGCUCCGUCCUGCGUCGACGCCUCGAUCGUGGCGCAGAAGUGGUGGUGUCAGAUGCAGCCGUGUCUGGAUGGAGAGGAGUGUAAAGUUUUGCCGGAUCUCGGAGGCUGGAGCUGCGCCACCGGGAACAAGAUCAAGACCACCAAGAUUUCCCCGGACCGGGAUCAGCUCUGGUGACCACUGGAAACUGGAUACAGACUCCUGGACGCUCUGGAUUAUAUCACUAGAGACUCGAUGAACUCUCAGAUCACGAACACCGGCUGACGGACGUUUGCUUCCUGUGUUUAUAAUAUGAAUGUUCAUGUAUCCUCAUAUCAAGUAAGACCACUGCAGGUUUUUCUGUACGUAAACGAUGCAUUUGCUCAUAAUAAACUACGAUUGUCUUAAUCUAGCUAGCAAGUCUUUACUGU